CAGAGCCGGCGGGCGGAGCCCGGAUCUCCAGGGCCGCGGUUGCUCGUCCGUCGGCUCGCUGAGGCCCCCGCACUAGGACCAUGUACUGGCGCCGCGCAGCGCUGGUGGGGACUCGGCUCGUCCCGAUCAGGAGCAGCUCAGCGGGCCGGUUUGAGGGGCCAGCGGGAAUUUCGGGCUCCGGGAUGGGGAACAGCACAUCAUCUUUGGGAAAUGCAGCAGCUGCUCCUGUGAAUCAGAUCCAAGAGACCAUUUCUAAUAAUUGUGUGGUGAUUUUCUCCAAAACAUCCUGUUCUUACUGUACGAUGGCAAAAAACCUUUUCCAUGACAUGAAUGUUAACUAUAAAGUGGUGGAAUUGGACAUGCUUGAAUAUGGAAGUCAGUUUCAAGAUGCUCUUCACAAAAUGACUGGUGAAAGAACUGUACCACGAAUAUUUGUCAAUGGAACUUUUAUUGGAGGUGCAACUGACACUCAUAGGCUUCACAAAGAAGGAAAAUUGCUUCCACUAGUUCACCAGUGUCAUUUAAAAAAAAGUAAGAGGGAAGAACUUUAGUGAUAGCGACAGCAGGAUGGACACUUCCAGCAAAGGUCUCAUUAUCAGUGAAUACAAUGAAGACAUCGGCAGCUGUAUUUGUCUUUUGAGCCCAGAUCAUUGGAAGAGAGCAAUCAGUUCCACCUGCUGGGAUCUAACUCAGAAUAAAAACAUGGUUAAGAAUAAAAGAAAAU